CUGCAGUGCUGUACAGUCUCAGCACAGACCAAAACACACAGAAUGGAAGCUGGCAUGGACCUCCUUCACCACUCAGGCAUCCAAGCCACACACUACCUCCAAGCAAGCUACCCGGGAUCCCAGGAUUGGUUCCUCUUUAUUUCUUUUGCUGCUGACCUCCGAAACACCUUCUUUGUCCUCUUCCCAAUCUGGUUCCACUUGUGCGAAACUGUGGGCAUCAAACUCAUCUGGGUGGCUGUGAUUGGCGACUGGUUGAACCUCGUCUUCAAGUGGAUCUUAUUUGGACAGAGGCCUUACUGGUGGGUGCAUGAGACUGGUUUCUACCACAACACUUCAGCCCCUGCAAUCCAGCAGUUUCCCGUGACCUGUGAGACUGGCCCAGGAAGCCCCUCUGGCCAUGCAAUGGGUUCCGCUGGUGUGUACUAUGUGACGGUCACAGCCAUUCUCUCCAUCAUCCAGGGGAACAAACAACCAUCGUGGAAACACCGCUUCCUGCAGACAGCGUUGUGGGCUGCGUUUUGGGCCAUCCAAGUUGGUGUCUGCCUCUCUCGUGUCUUCAUUGCUGCCCAUUUCCCUCACCAAGUUGUUGCUGGGGUCCUCUCAGGCAUGUUGGUUGCUGAAUCUUUCCAGCGCAUACACUCCAUCUACAAUGCCAGCCUGCAGAGGUAUAUGGCCACGACGCUCUUCCUCUUCUCCUUUGCUCUGGGUUUCUACCUGCUGCUCAAAUUGCUGGGUGUGGACCUCUUGUGGACCUUGGAGAAGGCCAAGCGGUGGUGUGAGAAUCCAGAAUGGGUCCACCUUGACACCACGCCUUUUGCUGGCCUCCUGCGCAACUUGGGCAUCCUGUUUGGACUGGGCCUGGCUCUCAACUCCCCGAUGUACAUGGAAAGCUGCAGAGGGAAACCAGGGCAGCAACUGAGCUUCCGGCUGAGCUGCAUUGUUGCUUCACUCCUGAUCCUACAUCUCUUUGACUCUUUCAAGCCUCCUGCCAAGGUGGAGCUGCUCUUCUACCUGCUCUCUUUCUGCAAGAGUGCUGCUGUGCCCCUGGCAGCGGCUGCCCUCGUCCCUUACUGUGUCUCCCAGCUGCUCAGCCAGCAGGACAAGAAAGUUGUGUAGUUGUGAAACAUGGGCCAGCCCCAGCUAGGGAAUGGCUCCAGUACAAGUCCUCACGGGUCAAAGGACAGGGCUCCUGGCAUGCCUCUGAUUUUGGUUUCCUAAGGUGGCUUCGGAGCUCUUGAGUCGACCUCUGCUGGACUCAGGGUGAGGUUGAUCCCCCUGCCUCCUAAAGCACUAAUCAGCCCCCUACAUUGCUGCCAAGGAGGGGCACUUUUGCCUGUGCCUCAUGACAAGCAAGGCCAGUCCUUUGAGGGCUACACCUGUGCUCCGUAACAGUCAGUUGCCCACCUCAUUCCCUCACGUGAGGUGAUGGGGCUCUUUUUUGAGGGCAUGCUGGGAGAGGCUUGGGAGAGGCUCAACUUUUGAGCCCCAUCUUGUGUUCUGAAAGGUUCUGCAAUGGGGGAACAAGGACAUGAGGCUUCUUGGCCACAGCACCUGUUUGGCCAUGUUUCCUACCAGUAUUAUUCCGAUCUCUGGGAAGCAUCUCGUGGAUACAAUUGUCUGCAGCAUGGCCUGUCCUCACAGGAUGGCUGGCAUUGUGGGCAGUGGGGAAGGGACACAAGCUAGAACUGGUUUGUUUUCAUCUUCGAUUACCCAGACAUCUGGGCUUUUGUAAAUAUCUGCACGCCAUAUUUCUAUAUUUGUAUUUAGAUACUUUUGUUAGGAGUAAUGCACAAAGGCUGUUUGGUUAAGCAGUCAAUUUUCUUUUGAAAAUAUUUUAAAUUAUUAAACACUGUGUUAUUUUAAAAGUU